CCUUCGACAUGACGAGCUGACCUGGACGGACGAGAAGAGCAUCUCAUCUCAAAUGGCCACAGUCACUUGACUCCAGUAACUAUACCUCCAUACUUUCCCCACAUCUUUUAAAGUGUGCGAACCCACGCUCUCUUCAUAGCCCACCAGAUACGCUCUUUACGUACAUACAGACUACGGUACACUGUACAGACCCACCCGUCCAACCAGCCAAGAACCAUGGCGCGCCGCAAGCAGUCCCCGCCAGAUCACGACCCGAUCACCGAAGCGGCCGAGUCGCUCACUCACCGCGCCGAGUCCGCGCCCGACCACGGCAGCUCCAUCUUCCAGCUCAUCAUCUGCGUAGGCGGGAUCUACGCCAGCUUCCUAGUAUGGGCGCUGCUCCAAGAGCGGAUCACGACGACCUCAUACGGCCCUGACCGCAAGAUCUUCCGCCACUCCUUGGUGCUCAACACGGUGCAGUCCCUCUUCGCGUCGCUCAGCGGCUACGCCUACUUCCGGAUCUCGUCGUCGUCGUCCUCUCCGCCGCGGGUGUUCCCCGGCGUCAACAUCACGUCGCGGCUCCUCCUCGUCGCGCUCACGCAGACCCUCGCCUCGCCGUUCGGCUACAAGGCGCUCACGCACAUCGAUUACAUCACGUACAUCCUCGCGAAGUCGUGCAAGCUGCUCCCCGUCAUGUUCCUGCACGUCACGCUGUUCCGGCGCAAGUACCCGCUAUACAAGUACCUCGUCGUCCUCGCGGUCUCCGCCGGCGUCGCAGUGUUCACACUGUACCCCAGCGUCCCCAAGACGCCCAAAACCCCGCGCACCCCCUCCAGCACAGACACGGAGAAAAACGUCCUCUGGGGCCUCUCCCUGCUCGGCAUGAACCUGCUGUUCGACGGCCUGACGAACACGAUCCAGGACGACAUCUUCACGCGCGCCCCCAAGGGCACCGUCAGCGGCCCGCAGAUGAUGGCCGCGCUGAAUACGCUCUCCAGCGUGCUAACGGCAACAUACCUCCUGCUGAACCCGUGGAGCACCGAGCUGGCGGAUGCUGCGGCGUUCGUGGCCGAGUUCCCGAAGGUCGGACUGGAUAUCCUCGGAUUCGCGUUCUGUGGCGCUGUUGGACAGGUGUUUAUCUUCCACACGUUAGCGAAAUUCGGCUCGCUGGUCCUGGUCACGGUCAAUGUUACGAGGAAGAUGCUGUCGAUGGUGUUUUCGGUGGUGGCGUUCGGCCACAGCCUGUCGGUGAUGCAGAUGCUCGGAGUCGGGCUGGUGUUCAGCGGCAUCGGCGCCGAGGCCGAGGUAAAGCGCCGCAGUGAGAAUGCUAAGAAGCUGCAGAAGAUGAAGAUGAACGUGAACGGAAAUGGAAAUGGAAAUGCGAAUGGGUAUGAAAAGAAGAAGGAAUAGAAGAUGUGAGUUUAUAAGUUUAUAAGCCACGGCGUUGUUAAAUGCAAGGAUUUGUAUUUUGCGGGGCAUAGCAUAGAGAUAUAGAUUAUCACAUGUAUUCCCCAGUACACAAUUCUAGCGAUCAUUCCCCAGUACACAAUUCUAGCGAUC